AAGAUGGCAGCAGUUCCGACGCCGCGUGUUGACGUCAAUCCCGGGAGGCGGAGCCGGUGGACGAGCCUGGGCCUGGGAAGAGAAGGGCCGGCAAGGAGCAUUAUAGCGUUACACUAUGGAUCGGCUUGAGCAAGUUCCUAGCGGUGGGGUAUCUGCUAUUGAAUUGAAGUCUGGAUGUAAAGAACCUUGCCUUCUCAUCUUAAGCCAGUUGCAUGAUGGCCAAUAUGCGCUAGUUAUUCACAAUCAAGGGAAAAAUUCAGUCAGCGAAGAUAUUUUGCCUAUAACCAGCAACUUUAAAUUUGUGCAAGAAGCAGAAGAGACACUUCUCAUUGACAUUCCAACAAAUAGUGGAUGCAAGCUCAGAGUGCAGGCAGACCCUUGGUCUAUAGAACGCCGAUUUGAGAUCCCAGAUGAGGAGAAAUGUAUGGAGCUGCUUGCAGAAAUGAGACAUGUGCAGGAAGGGCUUGUGAGGCACUCUCAGUCUGAAAAGAAAGAGUCCUCAAAUUGGUACCAGCCCGGAAACAAAACAGACGAUACAGCCGGCACUUCAUCAAAGGAACCAACCCAGGGUACCGGUACUUUGGGGUUUGAAGACAAUUUUAGUUCAAUAAAUCUAGAGAAGAGAAGAAACAUUCAAAAUCAGCAAAUGGGAUCUCGCAGAGAGCCUCCUCCUCCUCCUCCCCCACCAGUGGAACGGCCGCUCCCACUGGACAGAGAAAGAGAUUCAUCUGGAUGGGAAAAACCAAGAGUGACCCACAGCAUGAGGAAACUGUUUACACCAAAUCCCCAGUCUGGACAAAGGGAAGGAUUAAUAAAGCACAUUCUUGCAAAGAAAGAAAGUGAAUUUGUAAAUAUAAAGAACUUUAGGUUUUUUGUUGGAACAUGGAAUGUAAAUGGUCAGUCUCCAGAUGGCGGAUUGGAACCUUGGUUACAAGCAGAUUCAGAGCCUCCUGAUGUAUACGUUAUUGGAUUUCAGGAACUGGACCUCAGCACAGAAGCAUUCUUUUAUUUUGACUCAGGGAAGGAGCAGGAGUGGCUGGAAGCAGUAGAAAGAAGUCUGCACACCAAAGCCAAGUAUAAGAACGUCCGACUAAUCCGCCUUGUUGGAAUGAUGAUGCUUGUCUUUGCAAAGAACGAGCACUUUAAGCACAUACGAGAGGUUGUAGCAGAAUCCGUGGGAACGGGCAUCAUGGGAAAAAUGGGUAACAAGGGAGGUGUUGCAGUUAGGUUUGUAUUCCACAAUACCUCCUUCUGUUUCGUUAACUCUCAUCUGGCUGCCCAUGUGGAGGACUUUGAGAGGAGGAACCAAGAUUACAAAGAUAUCUGUGCCCGUCUCAACUUCACUGUCCCAGACCAGAACAUACCUACCUUGAAUAUUAUGAAGAAUGAUGUUGUUAUUUGGCUGGGAGACUUAAACUACCGUCUGUGCAAAUUUGAUGCUGCAGAAGCCAAAAGCUUGAUUUUAAAAAAUGACAUUCAGACUCUGUUGAAAUAUGACCAGUUGAAUAUCCAAAGAGAGAUGAAAAAUGUCUUCUCUGAUUUCACCGAAGGCACCAUCAGUUUUAUUCCCACAUACAAGUUUGAUCCAAAAACAGAUCGAUGGGAUUCCAGUGGAAAGUGUCGUGUUCCUGCCUGGUGUGAUCGGGUACUGUGGAGAGGGAUAAAUAUCAUGCAGCUUAAAUACCGCAGCCACAUGGAACUCAAAACCAGUGACCAUAAACCAGUCAGCUCCUUAUUCAGCAUCGGGGUGAAAGUUGUUGACGAGCGACGGUAUCGGAAGGCAUUUGAAGACAUUGUGCGCAUGAUGGACAGAAUGGAGAAUGAAUUUCUUCCAUCUUUAAAUCUCAGCAGAAGAGAAUUUAUUUUUGAGCGCGUGCGGUUCCGUCAGCUUCAGAAAGAGAGGUUCGAGAUCAAAAAUGAUGGGCAAGUUACAUGCCACUUCUCCUUUAUUCCUAAGCUCAAUGAUACACAGUACUGUAAAACAUGGCUGCGAGCCGAACCGUGUGAAGGUUAUUUGGAGCCAGAGGAAACUGUGGACAUAAGCCUUGAUGUAUAUGUCAGUAAAGAUUCUGUCACCAUGCUUAACUCAGGGGAGGACAGGAUUGAAGAUAUCUUAGUCCUUCACCUUGAUCGAGGCAAGGAUUACUUUCUAACCAUCAGUGGGAGCUACUUAGUAAGCUGUUUUGGUACAUCGUUGGAGGCCCUCUGCCGAAUAAAAAGGCCAAUUCGGGAGAUUCCAGUCACCAAACUCAUAGAUCUGGGAGAAGACAGCUUCUCAGAGAAGGAGAAAUCCGCUCUUCAGAUGCUUCCAGUGGAAACUGAUGAGUCAGUUGACAAGCCCCUGAAAAUUCCAAAGGAGAUCUGGCUUUUGGUCGAUCACUUAUAUAAAAAUGCUUGCCACCAGGAGGAUCUCUUUCAAACCCCAGGAAAACAAGAGGAGUUGCAGCAGAUUAUUGACUGUUUAGAUACGAGCAUUCCUGAGACAAUCCCUGGUAGUAACCAUUCUGUUGCAGAAGCAUUACUGAUCUUUUUGGAAGCAUUGCCAGAACCAGUCAUUUGCUACGAGCUGUAUCAGAGAUGUAUUGACUGCUCCCAUGAUACUCGACUAUGUCGACAGGUGAUUUCUCAGCUGUCACGUUGUCAUCGAAAUGUUUUCCGAUAUUUGAUGGCAUUUCUGAGAGAGCUGCUUAAGUACACUGGAGACAACAACCUGAGCGCCAACAUGAUCGCUACAGUCUUUACUAGCCUCCUGCUACGACCUCCACCAAACUUAAUUGGGAAACAGACACCGAGCGAAAGGCAACGGGGAAUAAAUUUCAUUCUGGGAUUCCUUUUGUCAGUUGACGAGGAGUAAGCCAUAUGAGGACUGUAAGGCGUGCUGUGGAGGAUUAAGACAAGUAGGCACUACAGAGCCAAAGGACUAUGACUGGCAACAUUGCAUAUGGUUCUGAUAUAUAUGGCAGGGACAGGAAAAAAACGACACCAGUUGUUUUUAGUACUGUACCUAUGCUUGGCCCAUGGAGUGUAUAAAAUGAUCUCCAAAGAAUGGACCACACUUCCUUGUUGGUUUAUUUGUACAAAGUGUUGAUCUGUUUCCAUGCUUUCAUUAUUGUCUCUGUGGAACACAAGUCACCUUGUAUAGUAGCCGUCAUUGUGAAACACAAGUCACCUUGUAUAAUAGCCAUGAACCCAGCCCUCCUUGUCACGCUUUUUGUCAGUCUUGAACAGUGGUGCCAUUGUCACAGCUCUCUGUGGCUGUUUCCUGUAAAAAUUUUAUUUCAUUGUAUAUAGUAUAUUGGAAAAUAUUCAUUUCCUCUUAUUCUGCCUCAUAAGAUUUACAUGUUUAGUUUUGCACAGGGAUUAGCAGCCAUAGUCACUCUCCAAGUGACUGUUCAUGGUCUGUGAUUUUUUUUUUUUUUUUUUAAUUUCUAGAAUUUUAUGUUGGUAUACUUUUUUACUUGCCCUGGGCUUUUGGAUAGUUUUUCUUAUACUUUCAGAUGGGAGGGCUGUGUUGGUAACAUAAAGCACCUUAGAAAGAAGUCAAAGGUUAAUUACAUUUUUCAACCAGUGUUCAGUGGAUUCUGGCAUUGCUAUUAUUACAUUAAUAUUCUGGGAAUAUUACAGAUACUAAAGGGCACCUAACAUAUCCAAUGGCAUAUAUCAGUGAUGCCAUCAGCAAAUGCUUAUAAUGGUGGAAGUCCUGUUUUUAGUAGCAUUGCAUUAAACAAGCUACUGCUCACAUGCAAGAAAUUCAAGCACUUUACCCAUGAUAUUCUGCAUAUGAGCUUUACUGUGUUUUUUCUAUUUUAAUGAACUCCUUGUUUUCAAUAAGUAAAUAUUCCCAGUGGCAAGCAUGGGAAGGAGGUGAACAUCAUAUAACAUCCCUGUACAGACACAUGUUCAUCAGCUUAUUAAAGGAGCUGUAGUUACAAAUAUUAAAAACAUUCAAAAUGAAUGAAAAUAUAAUGUAUUGUUGUGCUGCCCUGGUAAAAAUGGUGUAUUUAAUUCAGAAAUAGUUUGUGUCCACAGCCUUACGCUAUGACUAAGUGUUUGUAACACGAAGCGCGUAAGGCUGUGGACACAAUAACCCAUUUCACUUUGAUUCAACUGCCUGGUGGAAGAUUGCCUUUAUUGAGUGCCUGCUCCAAAGAAUUUUCGAUUUGUCUGCUCCCCAUGUUUAGGACUCAGGGUGGUCUACCUGGGCCUCUUCCUUGAUGUGGUGAGUUAUUACUUACAAGUUGGAAACACCACCUUUAGAUUUAUUAUUUGAUUCAGAAUCCCUACUAGUUUAUAUUAACAAGCUCCUGUGUAGCUUAAACAGCCGAUAACAGAUAUGUUCUGUAGUAUACAACGGGAUUCUUUAAAACGUAUCUAUUAACUACUGUCUAUCCUGUGCUUGAAUGGCUGCCCCUUGGCUACACAACAGCUUCUUUAUAUAAACUAUAGUUGUGUUUCUGAAGCAAACACAGCCAUUUAACUAUUACAUGACAACAGUGCAUUAUAUUGUCAUUCCAUUAAAUCACUUUAAUUGUUUGGUGUUACUUUCCUUUAAAGGGAAAGUCUAUUACCCGAGGAUCCUCUGCCAUGAAAUGACUAUGGGUUGUUUAUUUCAGACAGGCAGGAGCUUUUCGUUUGAUGCCUCUGUGCUUUUGUAUUUAAGAGGUUGCACAAUGGGAUGUACACGAAUGAAUGGGAGUUUGUCUGCUGCUUCCAAGUGCCAACAAAAGGACAGCUUUCUUUCAUAAGCUAAGGUAAUGUAAGAUUUGGCAGUUGUAGUUCUGCAGUGCCUGGAAUGAAAUAGUUUGUCUAUAACUGCACUGGGAGCAGAACUCAAUUGGCCCGGUGUACUUUCCAUAAGAGAGUAUAUUGCUAGCAAACUGUGCAGAAGCUUGUAUUGCAAUGUACUCUCUUAUUCGACAGCAUGUUGUUUUAAGCAUAAGGGCUUGAAUUAGGCAGCAAAUAGUCACAAUGCAGUCACUACACACAAAUGCUCAAGCCUUUCUGAGUUAUUGGUCCGCCUUUGACUGCCCCACGUGUAGUUAGCCUUAAGUUCACUAAACUGUUUUUUAUUCUUCAGAAAGGUCAGACACUACAUAAAAUAAAUACCUUGGUCUGUACUCAUGAGCUCUCCACUCACCAUUUUAUUUCUGGGUUAUUUAUACAGCCAGCAGCAGGGUUGUGAUACACUAACACUAAGAGAACACUAAGAGAUCUGCAACCUAUGGCCCAAUUUGAAUUUUGCUUAGAUAAUGUUUCCAUUUAUAUCAUUAUACGUUGGCGUCAAAAGUAUUUUAAUUGUGAAAAAUGACGCACACACAAACUCUUUCAUUUAGGAAAAUGCCUAUUUAGUUUUUUUGUGCAUGUACUUGCGCUCCCAUUGGCUCAUUGGACCUGAGUAUGUUGUGGGAAACGGCUAUACCUAUAAAAUGCAGCCAUGAAUGAUGUGGCAAUAUGUAAUAUUAAAGUAAUAUUCAAGCUGCUAGCCAUAAUAAAACAUUCUUCAUUACAGAGA